CAAUGUGUUUGUAAUGCAAAAUAUCAUAUGUUUUGUAAAAUAUGCAUUAAAAUUAAAAGUUCAGUUCAAGGUCUGCCUUAUCAGUGAUGACGUCAUUUGGGUCUUGUCGGAAACGGGCCGUUACCACAAGAAAUCUGCUGAUUGUAAACUAUAGAUAAUUUAGCAUGAACGUCAUCUCGAUGUCUUCCUUGCCAUUAUCGGACACCAGCAGCUAAGAAUUACCUUUAACCUCUUCUAGAAUCUGUAGACUUUUGCAGACAGCACAUGCAUGAGAGAAAACAAAAACAACACAACAACUAGCUACGAGAUGGAUUUGUUUCAUCCAAAAUUAGCGUUAUGUUCUUUUUAACCCAACGUUAACAUCGCUAGCCAGGUGUCUGAUUGUCAGUGUCUCUGUGUGUGUGCUGACCGAAUCUCUCCAUCUUCCAUAUAAACACAAAGUAAUCGAAAGUCGUGCCAUCAUCACCCCCAUCAUUUAGGCGUUGUCGUUUUCAAUGUCGUCUACGUCUGCAGAAGACGAUUCCAGCAACGACAACAAGAACAAAAACGCCGGCAAAAGACAGGACAAGGCUUCGUCCAGUGGUGUCACUGCGGGAACUGCAGCCUCUCCGGACAAUUUGGACAAUGCGGGCACUUCGGACAGUGCGGGCAAAGCGGGCGAACACGAGUGCGAGUGUUCGCUGUACACAGACACUCCCUCGCACGUCGGUGUGAUACCGCUCGUGCGAAAGAAGAGCUCCAUGGUUCUGUCGGAAGAGGCCUUGACCAUCGAUACGGCCGACUACUACGUGGAUGAUAACGAGGAGGCCGCAUCGUCGUUGCAGGUCACGGCAGAUGAAAGUCCCGCGGUAAAAACGAAGAAAAAGGAUGACAGCAAGAAGAAAAAGAUAAAGAAAACUUGAUAUUUA